GUGUGUCUGAAUCGGUCUGAAUGUGUGUGGAUCAGGUUCGAGGAAAUCCGAGAUCAUAUUACAUUAGUCCCAGUAGGGAUAAAGGAAGUAACGAUACAUCUACACUUAGAUUAUAAAUCCAAACAAUUAUUGAUGGCGACAUCCAACGUUUAUGAACGUGUAGUGUUGUAAUCGAAGUCAAAAUAAAGUUACAUAUGGGACAAUUGUUAUACCCAAGAUGCAACAUACGUUGGAAGCAAUGACCAAUGUUGGUUAAUGUCUUGAUAGUAUUCAACUCGAACGUCCCCAUUGUUUAAAGUCCAGAAGAAAGUUUUCGUCGAAUUGCUGAUGAUGCGAAAUUGAAUGUAUAGUGACAGUGACCAUGGGCAAAUUUACUGAAGUUGAGUACACAAAAACGAACUUUUCUCUGAUCAUUUGGAGAAUUUGCAAUGUAUCUAUGUCAUUAUUCUUCGCAUUAGCCAGUUAUGUGCAGAUUAACGAUCCGGAUGCCGGACUAUGGAUGGUUUACUAUGCUAUUCCAGCAUGUUUGUGUGUCUUAAUUGGGAUUAAACCAUAUGUAACCGAAACACUGCUUUGGAGGAGAAUUUCUAAACUACAUAUGCUUACUUCAAUGGCUGUUGUUUCCAUAUUGGGAUGGACUCUGUACAAAGAGCGCAUUACAAAUAUCUUCCAGCAAGAGGAGGGCAGGGAAUUCUCUGGUAUGAUGUUGGCUCUCGUUUGGCUUCUCCUGUGUCACCAGUCUGGACGGGAUUCUAUUGGCGCUCUCAGACUGUUUGCUGCUGUUGCCAUCACAGUCUUCCCCUUUUUGACCUGGCUGUACUUUUACAUUAACAAGGAACUGAGUACCACCUGGCCCACACAUUGUAAAACUGCACUAUAGAUGUCCAUUCAUUAAGAUGGUCCAAGGAUGUAGGAGCUAAAUCUCUGCUAGAGUGAAGAGUCUUUCCACUGUGAAUUUCUGCUGGUGUUUGUUAAGGCCAAGUCUUAAUUUGUAAAUAAAAUUUAAUUUUGUAAAUAAAACUGCCACCUAUCAGUAAAUCAAAUGUCUUUAAAAAAAAAAGUAACAUGUAGGAUUAAGCAACAGUGUAUUUUUGAUACACUAUUUGCCCAAAAGUAUGUUGACAACCGACCAUCACACCUAUAUGAGCUUGUUGGACAUCCCUUUUCAUUCCUCCACCAAACUUUACAGUAGGCACUAUGCAUUCUAGUAAGUGAUGUUCUUCUGUCACAGCCACACCCAGAUUCAGCAAUCAGCAAUUCAUGCCAGAUAGUAAAUCAGGAUUUGUACGUCACUGAACUUUUCAGUACCACCCAUUGUAAUGCCAGUGUUUGUCUAUGGAGAUUUCAUGGCUGUGUGCUGGAGUUUAUGCAUUUGUGAACAGUGGGUGUGGCUGAAACACCUGAACUAAAUAAUUAUUAGGGGUUUCCACAUACUUUUUGCCAUAUAGUGUAUUUCUAACAAUCAUUACUAUUGAAAUGUGAAAUGUGUAAUUGAUAUAUUUUCUUUUUUUACUGGAAUAAUACCUUUAUCUUUCUGAAAAUCUGUUGUACCCAUUGCACUUGUGAAAUCAUAGUAAAUUAAAGCAAUUUAAUAAGAAAUAUUUAA